CGUGAUCUUCCGUGCUGUGUGCUCCCUUAUCCAGUGAAGUUCUCGAGCUUGGUUACUUCUCCAGCCUCAGUUUUUCUUCACAUAAGGAAUUUUUAAGCAUGGAUGAAGAAUAUGAUUGUAUCGUUCUUGGUACAGGCCUCAAGGAGUGCAUAUUGAGUGGAUUUUUGUCAGUGAAUAAAAAAAAGAUCCUUCACAUGGACAAGAAUCAAUAUUAUGGUGGGGAGAGUGCUUCAAUCACACCACUGGAAAAGUUCUACGAGCUGUUUGGUAGGACACCGAAACAAUUAGGAUCAUCCAAAGAUUGGAAUAUUGACCUCAUUCCCAAGUUCUUGAUGGCACAAGGUGAACUGGUUAAGUAUUUGAUUGAUAGUGGAGUUACCCGCUACCUUGAAUUCAAACAAGUUGAGGGAAGCUAUGUGUACAAGGAUAAAAAGCUUUUCAAAGUACCAGCAGAUGAAAAAGAGGCCCUUGCAACCAGCCUCAUGGGAAUCUUUGAGAAAAGAAAAUUUAGAAAGUUUCUAUUGUUUGCCAAUGACUUUGAACCAGAUGAUCCCUCGACAUGGCAAGGAGUUGAUCCAGAAAAGACCCCAAUGAAGGAGGUGUUCGCAAAAUUUGGUUUGGAUGCAAACACUCAGAGCUUCACAGGACAUGCCUUAGCUCUUCAUCUUAAUGAUUGUUAUGUGGAAGAACCUUGCAAGGAGACUUUGAUGAAGAUCAAGUUGUACAGUUACUCAUUAGCCAAGUACGGAAAGUCACCAUAUUUGUAUCCUUUAUAUGGCCUGGGAGAACUACCUCAGGGUUUUGCCCGCCUAAGUGCAAUAUACGGUGGAACGUACAUGUUGGACAAGCCUAUAGAUGAGAUCAAGUAUGAUGAGAAUGGCAGAGUUUGUGGUGUCACUUCUCAAGGAGAAACUGCCAAGACAAAGAUGGUGAUUGGUGACCCCUCUUAUUUCCCUGACAAAGUGAAGAAGGAUGGACAGGUUGUUCGUUGCAUAUGCUUCAUGGAUCAUCCUGUUCCUAAGAUCAAAGAUUCUGCCUCUUGCCAAAUCAUCAUUCCUCAAAACCAAUUGGGCAGGAAAUCAGAUAUCUAUGUUUGUGUUGUAUCGUAUGCACACAAUGUGGCAGCAAAGAAUUACUACAUAGCUAUUGCCAGCACAACAGUAGAAACAACUAAUCCAGAAGAAGAGCUGCAACCUGCUCUUGAGCUGCUGGGACCUGUUAUAGAAAAAUUUGUGAAAGUGAGUGAUGUUUUAGUUCCCACUGAUGAUGGCAGUAAAUCUGGGGUUUUCAUCACAACCACCUAUGAUGCCACAACACACUUUCAAACAACUUGCAAGGAGAUUUUGGACAUCUACAAACGCUGUACAGGGGGAGAUCUUGACCUUACAACUGUGCGUGAAGAUCUGGAAGCUGCUCAGAGAGAAUAAAGUAUUUUGGAAGCUUGCUGUGAAGUAAAAAAGAAUUAUGGAACGAUUGAAACUGAUGAAACCCGAUGAAACCCGAUCAAAAUAUCAACCUAUGAUAUCUAGUUGUAUUCAAAUUGUAAAAAUGCCUUUCAUAGCAUGGCUAUAGUCAAAG